AUACACCAUUAGCCGAAAAUCAGUUUACAGUUUUAGUUCGAGAAAGUCAAACACAAACUAUUACAACUACCACCACAUACAUUUUGGUGUCCAAUAGUUCCGUUUAUUGUGAGAAUGUUUAAGGGUGUUCCAACGCUUGCAAAUCUGAAUCUGCGCUUGCUAAGCAGCAACGGAAAGUGUCGCCUGGUGUCGCCAGUCAGUGGCUUAGUGCGGGUGCAACGCACAAAGGCAACAUCGGCAACAUCUCUCGACGUGGAGGAUGCGAGUGGCAAGCGCAGCAAGAUCGAUGUGGAUGUCUACAGUGAGCAGGAUCUGUUGAAACGUGCCAAAUUCAGGCAUACGGGCCUUGAGGUCAAGCACAAAAUCGCUACAGAGAAAAAACUACGAACACCGCCGUUGUUGGAAUUGGUAUUCGCCAAUCGCAAACUAUCCUUUUAUGAUCCCAGCUCCGGACCCAAGCAACGAGAUGAAAAUGCUAAACGAAUUCAGCGACGCUACUAUUCGAUAAGGCCCCAUCGGGAGCAGGAGCAGCGCAAUGCUGAGGAUGUACUCUUCGACAUGUUCGCCAGCGAGGAGACGGGCCUCAUAUCCAUGGGCAAAUUCCUGGCCGGACUGAAGACAACGGGCAUCCGACGCAAUGAUCCACGCGUGCGUGAGCUCAUGGACAACCUGAAGAAGGUGCACAAGCUGAACAACUAUGAGACGGGCUCCUCCGCCGAGACGCAGCAUCUCAAUCGGGAGACAUUCAAGGCCGUGGUCUCACCGAAUAUUGUGCUGAUUGCCAAAGCAUUCCGUCAACAGUUUGUCAUACCCGAUUUCUCGAGCUUCGUCAAGGACAUUGAGGAUAUUUAUCAUCGCUGCAAGAGCAAUACACUGGGAAAAUUGGCCGAUUACAUUCCGCAACUGGCUCGUCAUAAUCCCAACUCGUGGGGCGUCAGCAUCUGCACCGUGGAUGGCCAACGCUACUCCAUUGGCGACGUGGAGGUACCCUUCACACUGCAGAGUUGCAGCAAGCCUCUGACCUAUGCCAUUGCGCUGGAGAAGCUCGGUCCGAAGGUGGUGCAUUCCUUUGUUGGCCAGGAGCCCAGUGGACGCAAUUUUAAUGAACUGGUGCUGGAUCAGAACAAGAAACCGCACAAUCCAAUGAUCAAUGCUGGAGCCAUUCUCACAUGCUCGUUGAUGAACGCCUUGGUGAAGCCGGACAUGACCUCUGCGGAGAUCUUUGAUUAUACCAUGACCUGGUUUAAGCGUCUCUCCGGCGGCGAGCAUAUUAGUUUCAAUAACGCCGUGUUCCUUUCGGAGCGGGAGGCAGCGGAUCGCAAUUACGCACUGGGCUUCUAUAUGCGUGAGAACAAAUGCUUCCCGAAGCACACGAAUCUUAAGGAGGUGAUGGACUACUACUUCCAGUGCUGUUCCAUGGAGGCCAACUGCGAGUCCAUGUCUGUGAUAGCCGCCAGUCUGGCCAAUGGCGGAAUUUGUCCCACAACCGAGGAGAAGGUCAUGCGACCGGAGGUCAUUCGGGAUGUGCUCUCCAUUAUGCACUCCUGCGGCACCUACGACUAUUCCGGCCAGUUUGCCUUUAAGGUGGGCCUGCCCGCCAAGUCAGGUGUUAGUGGUGGCAUGAUGCUGGUAAUCCCGAAUGUGAUGGGCAUCUUUGCCUGGUCGCCGCCGUUGGAUCAUCUGGGCAAUACGGUCCGUGGUCUGCAGUUCUGCGAGGAGCUGGUCAACAUGUUCAAUUUCCAUCGGUACGACAAUCUGAAGCAUCUGUCCAACAAGAAGGAUCCGCGCAAGCAUCGCUAUGAGACCAAGGGCCUCUCCAUCGUCAACUUGCUCUUUUCCGCGGCCAGUGGUGAUGUGACCGCACUGCGUCGUCAUCGUUUGUCUGGCAUGGACAUCACCUUGGCGGAUUAUGAUGGUCGCACUGCCCUCCAUUUGGCCGCCUCGGAGGGGCAUCUAGAGUGUGUGAAGUUUCUGUUGGAACAGUGCCAUGUGCCACACAAUCCCAAGGAUCGCUGGGGCAAUCUGCCCGUCGAUGAGGCCGAGAACUUUAAUCACACCUGUGUUGUGGACUACCUCAAGGCAUGGGCCGAGAAUGCUCAGGAUGCGCCCCAGGAGUGCAUCACUGAGGCGGUAACCACCAAAACCGCAGCCGAUGAGGAGCUACCCGGCAACACAAUCACAGAGAGUGCCAGCACUGAUGCCAUCAGUCCCAUGCCCGAGGAAGUGGCGCAGAGAAGCGACAGUCCCGUACCCUCGGAGGCGGGCAGCACAGGUAGCCAGGCCAGCGUGGACAAAACCAAGCCGGGUCUCUAGACUAUACGUUCCAGUUUCUAAACAGCGGAGCAUCGACAACAAAUAUAUAUAUAAAUAUAUAUAUAUAUAUGUAUACAUACCUGUAGAAUCUCGCUUAAAUUAUUUGCUUAAUCAUUUAGUUAAUAUACAGUUCUAGUUAGCUAUCCAAUAUACAUACCAUAUAUCAUAUGUACUUUUUACUAUAUAUACAAAAAUAUUACUUAUAUAUUAUAAAUAUGCUUCUUUGGUCAAAAAGUGAAAAAGUAAAGGCGGCAUUUGUACUUGUAGGAUUUUAGAUAAGCAUUCUAAGAUCUGUGCUGGAAUACAGAUAGUACUAUUCAAACAACCAAUGACAAUAAAUUGUAUUUAAAUACCAUUGUGAAUCC